UCAUUUUUUUGGCGUCAGACUCUAUCCAUAAAUAUCACCGAUCCUCGAUGUCAUCCGAUGGGAUGGGUAGCCAGUCAUCAAGAGGAUGCGGUCGCCUAUUGCCCUGGAAAGUACAGUGCAGAAAGUAUCAAGAAGUUUGCCAAGAACUCCGUUCCUGCCAUUGUCUUCAAAAAAUAUGAGUUAAAAGAACAUGUCCUCAAGGUUGGUUGCUUAGUCGAAGUACAGGAUGCUGAACAAAGAGCGGUCAUAUUCCCUGGACAUGUUAGCGAAAUCAUAAAUUCACACUUUGUAAAAAUUGUCUCGUCUUCAUAUGGCCGACCAGACACACGGGAGAUUGUGGCGCAUCGAGGUACGCAUGGUGUGUUUCCGCAGGGAUUUUGUGCUUCGGUUGGAUAUCAGCUUUCUUUACCUCAAAAGUCGUUGUUAAAAGACAAAAACUCAUUGAAUUAUGGAUGGAGUUGGAAGUCUUAUGCAGCGGAAUGGGGUAUUCCUGGGAUACCUACGAGCGAGUACAAUUUUGAGCCAAUUCCUGGAAGAGAGGCAAGAAUUGCUCCAAUGAGGCAUGUCGAGGUGUUUUGCUACCAACGUGGAGUCAUGUAUGCAGCUCUAAUUCAUCGUGCAGUUCGUAAUCUUGUGCUAGUCGAGUUGAGCUGUGACACCACACCUAACCCGCCUCUGAUGUUUGUCAUCGGAUGCGAUAAUCUUUUUCCUUGUGGAUUUGCUGCUAAGUAUGAUAUUCCUUUCAUUGGAGAAGCUCCAUUCAUGUCACUUCCUCCUUUGAAGAACGAAGGUGCUCCCCGGUUUGAUCUGCUGCGGCUUGGCUAUACAUCAAAACCUGGUAAUAUUUUCCAAAAGAGGAAUCUAGGCGAUCCAGCUUUCAUGCCCGAGUUUUGGACGAAAGGCAAGAGGAUUUUCUUUUACUUGAAUGUUGCAUUUUCCUUCUCCAAGUAG